AUGGGCCAGACCAUUGUUGUGGUCAACGACGUAGAUAUUGCCCAGGAUCUUCUCGAAAUGCGAUCAAAAACCAAUGCAUCACGACCAUCAAGCGUUGUAAUUGGGGAAUUAACGGGGUGGAACCGAAUAGUAUCUGUCCAGGGUGAUAGAGACAUCGUUCGCGUGCAUCGGAGAUGCAUAACUAAAUGCAUCGGGUCUACGAAGGCAUUUGCUGGCUUUAACGACCAACUGGACAUCGAGGCCUGCCACCUUAUGUUGCGGAUAAUGAAGCAACCGGAUGAUCUAGCAAAUCAUAUUCGACGUCAAACCGGAUCUAUAAUUCUUAAUAUUGUAUAUGGGUACUCUGUGGAGCCUCAUGAACAGGAUCCCCUUGUGGAACUUGCUGAUUUAUCUACCACCCAAUUUUCGAUGGCAGCUGAACCAGGAGCUUGGCUGAUUGACAUCUUUCCUAUCCUCAAGUAUUUGCCGAUGUGGUUUCCAGGUGCCAGUAUUCAACGUAAAGCACGGGAAUGGAGGACAGUACUGGAGACAUUAGCUGAGAAACCUUAUGCCUUUGUUUUGGAUCGCAGAGAACAAAACACUUACAAAAAGUCUUACGUAUCAGAACACCUAGAUCAAUUAGGUCGUGAACCCACUUCGGAGGAAGAAUUCACCAUCAAGUGGACUGCUGCAACCAUACAGUUUCCUCUCUCCAAACCUUUUACUUGGCUAUGGCGCUACAUCCAAAAGUUCAAGAAAAAGCCAGGGAAGAGAUACAUCGGGUCGUUGGAACCAACAGGCUUCCAACAAUGGAUGACAAAGAAUCACUUCCAUACAUCAACGCCUUGCUUCUAG